AUGGACGCUAAGAUUAUCACAGGUUUUCUCCUGUGGGUUUGCUUUAUUGCAACAUUAUCGAUAUCACGGACUUCUUCUGCGGUCAUCGAAUCGAGGUAUAGAGUUCGAAGACAAAGUAAUGAAAGUCUUCCUUGCGCAGAGGGAACUCUUCUUUGCAAAGAUGAUAACGAAACGUGUGCUACAUAUUGUAAUGGUAUUUCUGAAUGUGCCGAUGGUUCUGAUGAACUUGAGUGUAGUAUUACGAACGCUUCUUCAUCAGUGUUACCAACGCAGACUGUUCCAAUCACCCAAAGUACAGAGUCUUUUGGAAUCGAAGUCGAACGCGUCAAUGUACCGCAAGCAACUACUGAUGGAUCGGAAACAACAGUUCAAGAAAUAACAAUGCUUGACAUAAAACCCGGAGUUACUACAAACGCGAAUACUGGUGCAACCGGAGAUCUAGCCACUACUGAAGCAUCAGAUGCCAAAGAAGCAGUGACUAACACAGUGGUACUUGCCGAUGGUACAACCAUUGUGUUACCAGAAGGAACUACAGCAGUUCUUGAAGCUGCAACUACUGGGGCAAACGAAGCUGCAGCAACUACUGGUGCAAAUGAAGCUGCUGCAACCACUGGGGCAAAUGAAGCUGCUGCAACUACUGGGGCAAACGAAGCUGAUGCAACUACUGUAGCUGCUGAUGGCGCUACCAUUGCUGCAACAACAGUCGAAGUAGUAACUGCCGAUGCCGAUGCCACUACUGUUGAUGAAGUAGUAACAAGUGUUGAAAACAAUCUUGAAACAUCGACUAUUAUUAUUGUUGACAAUGGCACCGAUAUCUUUACCACAAUCAUACCAGGCAAUGAUACUGGAAUUGAAGAUGCUACCAAUGCUGUACCUGGUAACGAAACCACGAGUGCUGAUCAAAUCACAACUGUUGAAUCUGUCACUAUUGAUUCGAAUCAAACGGAUAUUGCUGGUAAUGAAACAGUGACGGAUGCUGGUAUUGACGUAACUACCAUAUCAUUGAAUGACACCGCAAGUGGUAAUGAUACAUCAGCAACGACAAUCUUAGAUGGAUUAGAUGUUGAUGAAUAUGAUAAUAAUGAGUCUAUCGAAGAUGCGCUAUUGAAGACGACGACAAGACUCACGCCUGUGCAUGAUGAUCUAGAAGAAGAAGAAGAUGAUGCAAUUAAUGAGAACAAUGUCAUAAUCAUUGCAACUAAAGCUCAACAGAUUGAAAGCAAACCACUAUCAAUAUCCGAUGAUGAUGAUGUUGAGUAUUACGAUGAUUCAGAGGAAAUUAUCACGACUGAAUCUAGAACGACAGUUACAACUGUACAAACGAUAACAAUGAAGACUUCGAUGUCAGUUCAAGAUAUCGAAUAUUAUGAUGAUGAAGUGGAUAUAGAUGGGAAUGUUCGAAGUUUGUUGUCGACAAUGAUAACAACAACUAGAACUACCACCACAGCUCUACAAACGACUAGUUCCACAUCUCUAUCUGGUGAUAUUGAAUACUAUGAUGACGAAGAAACCGAAUAUGCAGCAAGAUAUCCUCAUCCAUCCAGAGAUUCAUUCAUUGCAGAUGUAAAACGAAAUGCAACUCAAUCCGAUGGCACUGAUGCUGCUACGACUGCAUCUUCUCAACCGGGAUCACCUGACCGAGUCGAACUUCGUGUUGUUGUUAGUCCUGAGCUUCUACAAGUACAACGUGGUCAAACAUAUGAAAUGACUUGCACUGUCUACGGCGCAGAUGCUACAACAGCGAUUUAUUGGAUUCAAGAAGAACCUGAACGGCGUUAUGCAGUUACCGAUACAUAUGAGCCAAAUGAUAAACAAGUGACAGCAUCCCAAGUUUCGUUACGAGCACGCAUCACAAUUGAUGAUACAAGUAAACUCGGCAAAUACACAUGUAUGGCACAGGAUUCAGCUGGAAAUAGUGGUUCAGCUAUUCUAACAAUGCAGGAGGGCGGUGGUUAUGUACCAUCACCAGGGGGAUAUCCAGGAUAUGCUCCAGGACCAAGUGCUGGCGGUCGUGGAUAUUUACGUAUCGUUGCACCUGAUAUGGCCGAUGGCGAUUAUGUUGAAAUUCAAUGCGAAGGCGCAGCACCAGAAGAUGAGGGUGGCAUUCAAUGGUUUUUCAAUAACCGACUUCUCAGCGAUGAACAACCGCUUUAUCCACGUGGUAAAACACUUCACAUUCGACCAAUUUCAAGACCAUAUUUGGGCAACUACCGUUGUUCAAUACCAGGCAGUAGCUAUGCUGAUGCCAAUAGUGUUCUCACUUUUGGAGCGCCUUCGCCUAGCGGGCCCGUUCAUGGCGGUGGAUUCACUGUAACAGUCGAUAUUGCUCAAGGUCAAGCAGUAGAAAACUCACAAAUCAUCCUUCGUUGCCGAACAACUGAACAAGCAAGCAGUUAUCGAUGGACAUUUGCUUCAAGCCGAAAUACGGUUGAUCGUGGCUACUCGGAUCAAUUAAUUAUUCCUCGAGCAACAGCACAAGAUUCAGGAGUUUACACUUGUGAAGCAACCAGUUCUCGUGGUCAAUCAGCGCGUGGCUCAAUCAAUCUUUAUAUUAACAGCGGACCUUCGCAACCCAUUUCGGGUCGAUGUAGUAUCGAUGAAGCAACGUGUCGCAAUGGUCGAUGUAUUCCUCGAGCAUAUCUUUAUGAUGGCAAAAACGAUUGUGGUGACAAUAGUGACGAAGCUGGAGCAUCUGGCUCAGGUGAACAAUGUCAACCGAAUGAAAUUCAUUGCACCAACUCUGAUCGUGGACGGAAAUGUGUACAGAAAUUUUGGAUUUGUGAUGGUGAUCGGGAUUGUGAUGAUGGAAGUGAUGAAGAUCAACGUUAUUGUGAAUUACUCCCUCGUCAACGAUAUUGCAAGCCAAGUGAAUUCCAUUGUGGUGGACCUAAUGCUACAUCACCAAAUCCUGUCUGUAUUCCACGAUCAUUUCAAUGCGAUGGUUACAAUGACUGUCCUGAUCGUUCGGAUGAAAACGGUUGUGUUAAACCCACGGUCGUUGGCGCACCGCAACGUCAAGUGCAAGUCAAUGUUGGACAAACAUUAACAAUUCAAUGCACAGCUCGUGGUUCACCAGCACCGUAUAUUAACUGGCGACUCAAUUGGGGACAUGUAUGUAAUGAUGGUUCCGGCAAUGGACGAUGUACAAUGUCGCAAUCCAUCGAUACAAAUGAUCCAAACGUUAUUACUGGUACACUCACUGUUCGCAAUGUAAAUCCAGCUGAUGCUGGCGCUUAUUCAUGUGAAGCACUUAACAACCAAGGUUUUAUUUUUGCAACACCGGACGCAAUUGUUGAUGUCAUCUCUGAUCCAAAUGGUCGACCUUCAGGUCAGCAACAAUGCAAUUGUAAUGGACAUUCAUCUUACUGUUCACCAGACGGACGAUGUCUUAACUGUCAACACAAUACUAUCGGUGCCAGCUGCGAAUUCUGUGCUCCGGGCUACGAAGGUGAUGCUCGUCGUGGUACCAUCUACGAUUGUGUUCCAAUAUCGCGUGGAGCUGGACCCUCAUUAGGUUGUGAUCCUACUGGUACACAUACGGAACGUGAUGGGCGUUGUAUUUGUAAAUACAAUGUUGAAGGUGAUCGUUGCAACCAAUGUAAACGUGGUCAUUUCUAUUUUAAUCCCAUGACACCCAAUGGUUGUGUACCAUGUUUCUGUUCUGGUGUGUCCACUGAUUGUGCUUCAUCAGAUUGGCGACGACAAGCUGUUUCUCUACCAUUGAAUAAUUGGAAUGUCGUACCGAAGAAUUUUGCAACUGAUCGUUUCGAAGCUGGUGAUCGUAUUCAACAACGUCAGGGUGGUCGUGAAAUAGCCAUUGAUCAAAGUACUCUAGGCCGACCUGCCAAUGAUGUUCUGUAUUGGAAAGCACCAAAAGCGACGCUCGGUGAUGUAGUCACACUAUACGAUGGUAACAUCGAUAUACACUUUGUUAAUGACGGUAAUGACAAGGAAGCACCGAGCAACGAUGAGUUUAUUUGGUUACGUGGCAAUAACAUCGAUCUCGUUCAUAAAAUUCCACAAAACCAUCGAUUCAAAGCAAAUACAAAUGCUACAUACUCAGUUCCAUGUAACGAAAGAACAUUUACUCGUAAGGAUGGUACAUACAUUGAUCGAGAGAACAUUCUUAUGGCACUCUCGGAUUUGGAUACUUUUCUUGUUAAAAUCAAUCCAAUUGGCGGUCGACGUACGGCUGUUCUCCGUGGUGUCACAUUAAACGUUGCUGCGCGGGAAGGUUAUGCUGAUAUUGCAUCAACAGUAGAAUCAUGUCGUUGUCCAGCGAAUUACACUGGCUCAUCGUGUGAAAAAUGUGCUGAAGGUUAUGGUCGUCCACAUCCAUUAGUUGGCAUCUAUUUGGGACAAUGUUGGUCUUGUCAAUCAUUGUGUCAUGAUCGAUCAGAUCGAUGCGACCGUGAAACAGGCAAAUGCUUCGAUUGUCAAGGUAAUAGUGAAGGUGACCGAUGCGAACGCUGUCGUCCAGGCUACAUUCUCGAUGCUCGAAUGAAUCAAUGCGUGCGCGAAGAUCAAUAUCAAACAUAUCCAUCUCAACCAUCCUAUGGAUCCGGCCCACGAGGUUCAUACUAUGUCGAUCAUCGACCGUAUGAUGCCUAUGGUACUACUCCAUUAACUAUUGUCCUAGAUGGCAAUCAAUCAGAACAACGUGUUCCACUUCAAGUUCUUAAUGCUCAACCACAGUCGAUUGUAUGGGGUCGUACUGAUGGUAGUCCAUUGCCAGUGGGUGUCAUUCAAGAAGGCAAUGAUCUAGUCUUCCGUAACCCAUCAUCGGAACAAGGUGGAAACUACAUUGCAACGAUUACUCAUCCUGAUGGUCAUAUCGAACGUAUCGCUGCCUACUUAGACUACCGUCCAGGUCAACCUCGACCUGUUGGCCCUGGUUUUGGCUAUCCGGCAUUUUCGCCACCAAGUCCAUUGACAAUAGCUGAAGGUACAAGUCAAGCAAUUCAACCACAAAGUGGCUACUAUCGAGUUCACUGGCGACGCGCCGAUGGUCCAGGACUUCCAGCAGGUAUUUAUCAAGAUGGCAGUUCAUUACAAAUCGCUGGUGCGCGACCAGAUCAUUCGGGUACUUAUUAUUGUGAAUUACAUGGUUCGGAUGGUGCACCAAUUACUGUACCGUAUGAAAUCCGUGUUCAAGCUACUAGUCAUGGACAUGCAAGCGCUAGCGGUUCACCGAGAAUAAGAAUCGAACCACGAACAAUCAAUCUCAAAGAAGGUCAACGUAUGAUUGUUCAAUACACAGUUAGCUCACAUGAUCCAAUCGAAGUUAUUUGGAACAAAUUGACUGAUCAAGGUCAUCAACCAAUUCCAUCCGUAUUCACUGUUGAAUCGAAUCGUCUCAUUCUAAGCCGUGCUACACUGGAUGUAACUGGCACAUAUCAAGUUAUCGUGCGUAAUCCACAUGGCGAGGAUCGACAAGAAUUAAAUAUUAUUGUUGAACCACGACGUGGUCGAGGACAUGGCGGUUAUCCAGCAACGGGUGCACCACAAGUUAGCUUCUCGCCAACUCAAUACGAAGUUGGUCACAAUGAAAUCAUCGAUAUUCGACCAAAUCUUUAUGGAGAUAGUGGAGCAACAAUUACCUGGUCCAAAGACGGUUCAACAUAUUUACCAGAUGGUAUCAGUGCACGUGAUGAUGGCACAUUGCAUGUCGAAGGUCAAUCAAGUCAUAUCGAUGGACGUUACACACUCAACAUCGUCAAUGCAUAUGGUCGUGCAUCGGCACCAGUCUAUAUUCGAUGGAAAGAAGCUCAAGGGCACCAUGGAGGCUAUGGCGGCGGUUCACAUGACGGCUCGCGCAGCUAUGUUGACGUACGUUUUCAAGCACGCGACGAACAAAGUCAUCAAAUCGGACAGGACAUUUAUUUACAAUGUACCGUUCAUGGUAGUGUUGAACAACCAUACGAAUAUGUCUUCACCAAAGAUGCCCAACAAUUAGAAAAUAAUGUUGAAGUUCAUCCAAAUGGUUUGUUAACUGUUCGUAAUGCUCAAGCGCAUGAUGCUGGACGUUAUCGAUGCGAAGUCAGCUUCCCACGUGCGCCAGAAGUUGGAACACAUGAAAGUUCCUAUGAUCUUCGACUUGACGGUGGCUCAGCCGGAGGCUACGAUCGAAGCGAUGAUUAUCAACAACAAGCUGGACACGUUGAAGUAUCUGUUGACCCGAGCGAAGCAACCGUUGGCCGUGGUGGAGAAGUUACUCUAACUUGUAAUGUCAAAGGCAGUCAACAAUAUACAGUUAAAUGGGGCAAAUAUGCACACGAUACUAGUUUACCAAGUUAUGCUCGUCAACAAGGAAAUAGCGUUAUCAUUGCUCCAACUGAUGAUGCAACAUCGGAACAGAUGUAUUUUCAAUGUUCAGUGAGUGUACCUGGUCAACCGCAGCCGUUUGCAGCUUAUGCACCAGUUACUAUACGUGGAAAUGAUGAAGCACGUAAGAAGAAGAAGAAAAGACGUUCGUAG